CUGUCCCGCAGCUGGCCCAGAAGUACGACCCCCAGCACGAGCGGGAGCUCCGUGCCUGGAUCGAGGGGACCACGGGGCGCCGCAUCGGGGACAACUUCAUGGACGGGCUCAAGGACGGCGUCAUCCUCUGCGAGCUCAUCAACAAGCUGGAGCCGGGCUCGGUGCCGAAGGUGAACGAACCCGUCCAGAACUGGCACAAGCUGGAGAACAUCGGGAACUUCCUGCGCGCCAUCACGCGCUACGGGGUGAAGCCCCACGACAUCUUCGAGGCCAACGACCUCUUCGAGAACACCAACCACACCCAGGUGCAGUCCACCCUCAUCGCCCUCGCCAGCCAGGCCAAGACAAAGGGCAACAAGGUGGGGCUGGGGGUGAAAUACGCCGAGAAGCAGCAGCGGCGCUUCCAGCCCGAGAAGCUGCGCGAGGGCAGGAACAUCAUCGGGCUGCAGAUGGGCACCAACAAGUUCGCCAGCCAGCAGGGCAUGACGGCGUACGGGACACGGCGACACCUGUACGACCCCAAGCUGGGGACAGACCAGCCCCUGGACCAGGCCACCAUCAGCCUCCAGAUGGGCACCAACAAGGGCGCCAGCCAGGCGGGCAUGACGGCGCCGGGCACCAAGCGGCAGAUCUUCGAGCCGGCGCUGGGCAUGGAGCGCUGCGACACGGGCACCAUCGGGCUGCAGAUGGGCAGCAACAAGGGCGCGUCGCAGACCGGCAUGACGGUGUACGGGCUGCCGCGCCAGGUCUACGACCCCAAGUACUGCGGCGGCCCCGAGCUGCUCGGCCUCGACGGCCUCGACGGCCCCGGGGGGCCCGGUGGAUUCUACAACUCGCAGUAGCCGCCGGCCCCGCGGCCGCUUGCAGCCCGACAGCACCGCUCGUCAGCACCGGCCUCACCGCGCCGCGCCGGGCACCGGGAACGGGACCGGGAACGGGACCGGGAUCGGGAACGGGACCGGGAACGGGAUCGGGA